ACCCCAGGUAUUUGUGGUCUCCUGGCAACAAGUUCUUUGCGAAUGUAUAAAAGAGCUGAGUUCUCAAAAUGCCACUACAAGACCUCCAACGACCCUGCAAACCCCCCCGGCUCACCACUCAACCCGAGCGACAAGCGCAUUAUUUGCUGCCUCGCUCUGUGCAGGGUUUAGAACGGUCGACAAGAGGGUAAAAAAGAAAAGAAGAAUUUAAUAACGCAGAUCACGCUCAUAGAUGGACCUCCACCUUAACACAGUGAUGAGAUUUCUCUGCCUACUUGUAUUUGUCAGCGUUAGCUAUUCACUUCCAGUGCGACCGAAACAUUUUUCUAAGACUGAAAGUCACCGAGACAUGCCUGCACACUUGCUUGCGAGAUCAAGGAGAAAUCUCCAUGCAGUUUCGACUCGAAAGACAGUGAUUUUGCAGACAAAGUCCUUGUGGAUUUUUGAGAUCCGAUUGGACGGAUCGGUUGGAGGAACUACGAAUAUCAACAAUCCAAAUGUUAAACUACAACUUCAGUCAGUUGGACAAAGUUUAGUCCGCUUCUUUGGUAUUAGGGCUCGGAAAUAUCUGGCUAUGGACAAAAAUGGAAAUCUAUAUACCACGGCGAAAGCAACAAGCGAGACCGUGUUCCGUAAUAUUCUGGGGUCAACAGAUUAUCACACGUUCUCCUCUGCUAACAACAAUCACAAAGGAAGGCCGAUGUAUCUAGGGCUGCGAGAGAAUGGCAAGCCAAAGAAAGGAUCAAAGACGAGAGGAUCUCAUCGCUCAGCGCAGUUCCAGGUCCUUGCGGUGAUUUGAUUAGUAGAAUAUUUCUGUCGUUGUCAACAUCUUGUCCCUCAUUCAGCUGUAGCAGCAAAUGUUCUGGCUGACAUAACUGUUUCAGAUUAUUUGACUGGCUGUUAUGAUAUAUAUGAGAUUUUGAAAUACCAAAUUAAGUAAAUUUAAGCAAUUCUAAAGUUUAUUUAUAUUAAAGAGAGUUAGAGCAUUAUACAUAGAUUUGGUUUAAAUAAAUAACUCUAUGCAAAGUAGGUUUCCUUUAAAAUAUAUAAUUUUAGUUAAUUCUUUCAUAUCAGAUCGCUAAGUAACUAUGAGAAAUUCUCAAAUCUCAAUUUCAUUCUCAAAAAAUGUUUUCAUAAGUCUGUUAUGUCACGCUGUUGUGAUAGGCUAAGUAUAUCUGGAUCAGAUAGAAUAAGUACAUUUCUGUGGAAUUAUGUUUGAACAAUAAAAUGUUUGAAUAAUAAAAAAA